AUGCAUCCACAGUUUCCUCGGGUCCUCCCCCAGGCACCUCAGUUCCCCCAGUUUCCAAAGGUGGCUCCUCAGAAUCCCAAGAUUCCUCCGAAGAUGAUGCCCAGGUCUCAUGAGUUGCCGCCUCAGCAGUUGCCCCAGGUUCCCAAUGUGCCUCCUCAGCAGCUGCCCCAGAAGAUGCCCCAAUUACCCCAUGGGCCUCCUCCUCAGCAGCAGCUGCCCCAGAGGAUGCCCCAGGUUCCUCACAUGCCGCAGCAGCUGCCCCAGAGGAUGCCCCAGGUUCCUCACGUGCCGCCGCAGCAGCAGUACCAGCAGCACCAGAGGAUGCCCCAGGUUCCUCACGUGCUGCCGCAGCAGCAGUACCAGCAGCACCAGAGGAUGCCCCAGGUUCCUCACACGCCGCCGCAACAGCCACCACCUGAGAGGAUGCCCCAGGUUCCUUAUGUGCUUCCACCGCCCCAGCAGCCGGCACCACCUGAGAGGAUGCCCCAGGUUCCUUAUGUGCUGCCACCGCACCAGCAGCAGCCACCACCCGAGAGGCUGCCCCAGGUUCCUUAUGUGCCACAGCAGCAGCUGCCCCAGGUUCCUUAUGUGCCACAGCAGCAGCUGCCCCAGGUUCCCCAUGGGCCUCCUCCUCAGCAACAGCCUUCCCAGAAGCAUGGCCAACCACAAGAAAUGCCUCAGAUUUCUGUUUCCAAAAUGCAGCGUCCUAUUUUCAGGCCAAAAGUCCCACAGGUCCAGGGGAAGCGACCAGCCUACCAGCAGCACCGCCUUUCCAAGAAUCCUAAGCAGUUCAGUCCCUAA